UGCGUGCGCACAGGCUGCUGGGAGGCCGCCUCUUCCCUUUCGGCCUCCCAGUUUCCCGGCGUGCUUCGGGCCCGCCAAAUGGGAGGGGGAGACGCAAGAUGGCGGCAGCCGCGAACUCCGGCUCCAGCCUCCCACUGUUCGACUGCCCGACUUGGGCAGGCAAGCCCCCACCUGGCUUGCAUCUGGAUGUAGUGAAAGGAGACAAGCUAAUCGAGAAACUGAUUAUUGAUGAGAAGAAGUAUUACUUAUUUGGGAGAAACCCCGAUUUGUGUGACUUCACCAUCGAUCACCAGUCUUGCUCUCGAGUCCACGCGGCCCUGGUUUACCACAAGCACCUGAAGAGAGUUUUCUUGAUAGAUCUCAACAGCACUCAUGGCACUUUCUUGGGUCACAUUCGGUUGGAACCUCACAAGCCUCAACAGAUUCCCAUUGACUCCACGGUCUCAUUUGGUGCAUCCACAAGGGCGUACACUCUGCGAGAGAAGCCUCAGACGUUGCCAUCCGCUGUUAAAGGAGACGAGAAGAUGGGUGGAGAGGAUGAUGAACUCAAGGGCUUGCUGGGACUUCCAGAAGAGGAGACCGAGCUUGAUAACCUGACAGAGUUCAACACUGCCCACAACAAACGGAUUUCAACUCUCACUAUUGAGGAGGGAAAUCUGGACAUUCAGAGACCAAAGAGGAAGAGGAAGAACUCACGGGUGACUUUCAGUGAAGACGAUGAGAUCAUCAACCCAGAGGAUGUGGAUCCCUCUGUCGGUCGCUUCCGGAACAUGGUGCAGACUGCAGUGGUCCCGGUCAAGAAGAAACGGAUGGAGGGCUCUGGCUCCCUGGGCCUGGAGGAGACAGGAAGCAGGCGCAUACAGAACUUUGCCUUCAGUGGAGGACUAUACGGGGGCCUGCCCCCCACACAUAAUGAAACAGGCUCCCAACCUCAUGGCAUCCAUGGGACAGCACUCAUCGGUGGCUUGCCCAUGCCAUACCCGAACCUUGCCCCUGAUGUGGACUUGACUCCUGUUGUGCCGUCGGCAGUGACCAUAAACCCCACACCAAACCCUGCAGUCUAUAACCCUGAAGCUGUAAACGAACCCAAGAAGAAGAAAUACGCAAAGGAGGCUUGGCCUGGCAAGAAGCCCACACCUUCCUUACUGAUUUGAUAUUUUUGGCUAUGGAGCGGGUGGGAUGGGUGGGAUGGGUGGAGGCUGGCAAAGGGGCUAAUGAACUAGGGAGGAAACUUUCUGUGUGUGCGGUAUCGUCUUUCAGAAAGUCUCCUGGGCCCCUGAUUCGUAAUAUUGAGACUAGGGGUGGGGCUGAAGUACCAGUUAGAGACCUGAGUCAGAACACGGAAGUGUGGAGAAGGUUCCCCGGGCCCUAAGCAGACUGCCCUGGUGCUCUCCCUCCGCCUCUACCUAGGGCCGUUUUCGGCACACAGGGCCAGGUGGAAUCCAGAGCUGUGGAGGAGGAGGUAGCCUCAUUUAAAUUCAUUUCCCUUGUGAGUCCCAGGUAGCAAAAUGGUUGCCAUGGAUCCCAGGUUGGUUGGCAUUCUUCAUUUAUUAAACCAAGGUGUAAACUCAAGUGUUCUCUUAGGUCCAUGGUUUUGAGGUCCAGUAAUUAGGCCUUUCUCCUCUGUCCUUCCUGCUGGAGUGAGACCAUUGAGUUCUCUUUGUCUGUGGCCAGUGUCAUGGGCACAGGUUUAUGGGUUUUUACGGUAUUGUUGGAUUUGACCUGUUUUCCUUGUCCACUCGGAACACUCCACUUGCUAGUUGGCAUUUAGUUCCUGUGCUGCCCUCCUGUGGCAUCAACUUUUGUGUGCCAUGAGGCAGUUUCUUAAGACUAUGACCAGUUAGGGUGGCUCACGAUGAACAGGAAAAGACUGUACUUUGCAAGGGCCAGGUUUGUAUCAGGAGGACAGUGCCCAGCUCUUGGUUUGGAGGCUCCACCCUGAAAUCCCCCUUCCCAAGUGGAGCGUUCUGGUUAUUCAGAGCUCCAAGCUAGACCUGGCUAACAGGAGACAAGGUAGGAACCAUUGUAUGAGCUUUGUACAGAUUUGUACAUUUGUGUAAUAGGGCCUUUUCUGCUUUAAGUGUAGCUUUUUACCUGUAACCUUUAUUACAUUGUAAAUUAAAUGUAACUUUUGUCA